AUGAACCACCUCCUCAUCAACGUGAGGAAGACCAAGGAGAUGAACCACCUCCUCAUCAACGUGAGGAAGACCAAGGAGAUGAACCACCUCCUCAUCAACGUGAGGAAGACCAAGGAGAUGAACCACCUCCUCAUCAACGUGAGGAAGACCAAGGAGAUGAACCACCUCCUCAUCAACGUGAGGAAGACCAAGGAGAUGAACCACCUCCUCAUCAACGUGAGGAAGACCAAGGAGAUGAACCACCUCCUCAUCAACGCGGGGAAGACCAAGGAGAUGAACCACCUCCUUGGUUCUUCUCGCAUCAACGUGAGGAAGACCAAGGAGAUGAACCACCUCCUCAUCAACGUGAGGAAGACCAAGGAGAUGAACCACCUCCUCAUCAACGUGAGGAAGACCAAGGAGAUGAACCACCUCCUCAUCAACGCGGGGAAGACCAAGGAGAUGAACCACCUCCUCAUCAACGCGGGGAAGACCAAGGAGAUGAACCACCUCCUCAUCAACGCAGGGAAGACCAAGGAGAUGAACCACCUCCUCAUCAACGUGAGGAAGACCAAGGAGAUGAACCACCUCCUCAUCAACGUGAGGAAGACCAAGGAGAUGAACCACCUCCUCAUCAACGUGAGGAAGACCAAGGAGAUGAACCACCUCCUCAUCAACGUGAGGAAGACCAAGGAGAUGAACCACCUCCUCAUCAACGUGAGGAAGACCAAGGAGAUGAACCACCUCCUCAUCAACGUGAGGAAGACCAAGGAGAUGAACCACCUCCUCAUCAACGUGAGGAAGACCAAGGAGAUGAACCACCUCCUCAUCAACGUGAGGAGACCAAGGAGAUGA